AUGAAUAAAAUUAUUGAUUCCAUUGAAAAAUUAGAUCUCUUUGGAGUACCUGUAAACUUAUUAACAAAUGAAAAUGAACCUAAAUUUAAAAGUAAAUUAGGAGGAUUAAUUUCACUUUUGGUUGGGAGUACUAGUUUGGUUUACUUUUUUUAUAUCAUGAUAUUAUGGAUAAAUAAUGAAAUUCCACCUAAUGUGAAUGCAAAAUAACAAACAACUGGAUAUUCAGAAUUUAAAUGGACUGAACCUUUGAUCACAUUUAGUUUAUUUGACUUUUCCUCAGAAAUUGAUCCUUUUAGAAAAGAAAAAAAUAUCAUUACUCCUCUAUUAUUCACACUUGUUGAUAGUAGAAUUGAAGAAUAACCUAUUUUUUUAUUUAGUACAGAAGAAAAUCCUAGAUAAUUUGUUUUUGAAGAAGGGUCUUUAAUUUUGAAUAAUGCUUAUGGAAAGGAUGAAAUACAUUAAGAGAUGAAAUAAUAUUUACUUGUAUUUGCUGUUUGUUCAGAUGAAUUAAAAAUAAAUGGAAGAAAUUGUGCAGAUACUAAAGAAAUAUAAUAAUAUAUAGAAAAAGAUCAUGGAUUUCUAUUUUUAACAAUUAAAUUACAUCAACUUAAUUAUAUUACAAGAGAAUUAGAAUCUUUUGAGAAAUAAUACUAUUCUGCUUUUGAUCCAAGAAGAACAAUGUAUUCUUAAGUUAUGUUAAAAUAAUAAGAAACUAUAAUAGAUGAUGGAAUUCUUUUUGAUAAAUUGAGACAUUAUUUUUUCUUGAAUAAUUAUGAAAUUACAACUUAACCAGUUGAUAGUGAUUUUAUGCCUUCCUAAAUUUAUUUUAUGUCUAAAGGAUAAUUUAAAUUAAAUGCAAUCAAUUCUUAUUUAUUUAGAAUUGACAAUAUAUCUAUAGUUGAAAAUGUAAUUAUGCCUAAAUUAGGAUAAAUAUUAGCAUAGAUAGGAUCAAUAGUAUAAUUGAUUUUUAUCUUAUAAUAUCUUGCUGUUUACUAUAAUAAAUAAUUAUUUGAAAAUUAUUUAAUUCAUGAUAUCAUAACAAUGUAUUAUCCAGAAUUUAAAGAAUUAUCAUUAAAUUGGUUUAAUCAAAUAAAAUUCAAUGAAAAAGAAAAUUCUAAAUUUCCUAAAUAGAGUGUAAAUUAAGCUUAUAAAAUUUUAUAAAAAGGGGCAAAACAAAAAUGUAGAUUAAACAAUAUAUUGUAUGAAAUAUCAAGAUUGCAAUUUGUUUUUCAAUAGCAAUUAGGAAAUAAAGUAUUUUAAGUUUGUCAUUCUUUAGGAGGGUUGAUGUCUGAAAAUUUAUUUGAAAGUUUAAAUAUUAAAGAAUCGAAUCGAAUGGUGGUUUAUCCUUUUGAUUCAUUUGAAUAAGAUUAAAAUAAAGUAAUUAAUAUUGAACCUUUAGAAUUAUUAAUAAAAUAAAAUUGA